AUGAGACAUAAGAUGCUAGAAAUUGCUUGCCCAGAGAUGACAUCUAUGCUUGCUCCGGCGCAUAAAGUGAAGACAAAAGGUGCACAGAAGACUAAAGUUGCACGACAUGAGAGGUCUACGAAACGUGACCCAUCAUAUUUUGAGCACGUUGACACUUUUGUUUCCAGGACAGAGCCUUCUUCUUCACGAAAAUCUCAAGUCAAAUCGAAGCCGAAAGAAUUUGCGCGAAGUGUUGUACCAUUCUUAGAUCAAUUUCAUCCGAUUUGUCAACCAUACAUUGUCGAUGUUGUUGAUGUUGUUGCCGAUGGUCAUUGCGGUUAUCGAUGCAUUGCUGCUUUGUUGGGUCUAGGUGAAGAGACAUGGCCUACUAUCCGACAUAACCUUUAUGAAGAACUAACUCAGUGGCGUGAUGAAUACGCAAAUUUAGUAGGAAGCUACAUCGAUUGGAAGAACUACUUCAGUCAUUAA